UCGAAAAUGGCGGCCGUACAAGGCGGUAUGGCCGACGCUGUUGAAAUAAAGGACAUUAAAACGGAACCACCCGUUGAUGCCGUCGUAAACAACAACGCAAAUGAUGGAAGGGUACUUUCUGCGUCCCCAGUGUCCGGUGCUUCGGUUGGAAGUAACAAAGCCGCAACAGGAACCCUGGAAGAGAAGCAGACGCUGCUGGCAAUUCUGCAAUUCCUUAAAAAGAACCAACUGUCCGAGUCUGUCGACAUUUUGCGUCGAGAAGCUGGAUUACCGCAGGAUUUUUUCGAUUCCAAGGCUGGUGAUACGUCCUCGGUAUCUGGAGGUGCAUCAGGAACGGUGGAAGAAGGAGCUCUAGAUGCCAACUCUCUACUGAGCCGAGUGACAUCCUCUUCCGAAACUCAGGCGCCAGUCAAAGCUCCACCUGCAGAGGACCAACCAGAUGUGAGUGUAGUUUUAUCUGCUUACAGCCAACAGGGAGACCCAACUCUCUAUGAGGUUUAUUACAACGGCUUAAAAAAGUUUAUAGAGACAGUUUUGGACUGUCAUCGAGCAGAACUGUCCCAGGUUUUCUACCCACUCUUUGUGCACAUGUACCUGGAACUGGUAUACAACAACCAUGAGAAUGAAGCCAAGGCGUUUUUUGAAAAGUUUAGCGGGGAUCAAGAAUGUUAUUACAGAGAUGACCUUCAAGUCUUGUCAGGUUUGACAAAAAGGGAGCACAUGAGAGGCAACGAGACUCUGCUCGACUUUCGCACCAGCAAGUUUGUCCUGCGCAUCUCUCGGGACUCCUACCAAUUGCUCAAGAGGCACCUGCAAGAGCGCCAGAACAACCAGAUCUGGAAUAUCAUCCAAGAGCACCUCUACAUUGACAUCUUUGAUGGCAUGCCACGAAGCAAGAGCCAGAUCGAUGCCAUGUCUGGUAGUUUGGCUGGAGAGGGCAAGAGAGAGGCCAAUAAGGCAAAGGUUUUUUAUGGCUUGCUUAAGGAACCGGAAAUCGAACUGCCGCUCGAUGAUGAGGAUGAGGAAGCAGAGAACGAGGAGGGCAAACCCAAGAAGAAGAAACCUAAAAAGGACAGCAUGGGCUCCAAGAGCAAGAAGCAGGAUCCCAAUGCACCAUCACAAACAAGGAUACCUCUUCCGGAACUAAAAGACUCGGACAAAUUGGACAAAAUCAUGUACAUGAAGGAGGCCACCAAGAGGAUCCGACUGGGACCAGAUAACCUCCCUUCUGUUUGCUUCUACUCUUUUCUCAACGCAUACCAGGGUUUAACUGCUGUAGACUUCACGGAUGACUCCAGUUUAAUUGCAGGAGGCUUCGCUGACUCCUCAGUCAGAGUGUGGAGUGUCACUCCGAAAAAACUACGCAAAGUCAAGUCUGCAGCAGACUUAAACCUGAUUGAUAAAGAGUCAGAUGAUGUACUGGAGAGGAUCAUGGAUGAAAAGACAGCGAGCGAGUCCAAGCUCCUGUACGGGCACAGUGGUCCUGUUUAUGGUAUUAGCUUCAGCCCAGACAGGAACUACCUGCUGUCGAGUUCUGAAGAUGGCACAGUGAGGCUGUGGAGUCUCCAAACCUUCACCUGCCUGGUGGGCUACAAAGGCCACAACUACCCUGUGUGGGACACCCAGUUUUCUCCUCAUGGCUACUAUUUUGUCUCCGGGGGACAUGACAGAGUUGCCCGUCUGUGGGUUACAGAUCAUUAUCAACCUCUGCGGAUGUUUGCUGGUCACCUGGCGGACAUCACUUGCACCCGCUUCCAUCCCAACUCCAAUUACGUGGCCACGGGUUCUUCUGAUCGUACGAUCCGCCUGUGGGAUGUCCUGAAUGGAAACUGUGUUCGCAUCUUCACUGGUCACAAGGGUCCAAUCCAUGCUCUGACAUUCUCUCCCAACGGGAAGUUUUUGGCUUCGGGGGCUACUGAUGGCAGAGUUCUUCUUUGGGACAUUGGUCACGGACUCAUGAUUGGAGAGCUCAAAGGCCAUACAGAUACCAUCUACUCUCUGAAGUUCAGCAGGGAUGGUGAAAUUCUUGCCUCUGGCUCUAUGGAUAACACUGUUCGCCUGUGGAAUGCCACGAAAGCAUUCGAUGAUUUGGAGACGGACGACUUCACCGCAACUACAGGACACGUUCAUUUACAGGAUAACUCACAGGAGCUUCUGCUUGGCUGCUACACAACUAAAUCCUCACCUGUCCUUCACCUUCACUUCACUCGCAGAAAUCUGCUCUUGGCAGCAGGUGGCUAUAAUCCAUAAGACUUUUAACUGAAUUUAGCUUGAAAUCAUUUUGAUAUUUUUGGACAGUGUGACAAGCUCUGAUGAUAAAUGUUUGAUAUUCGUCAACUCUUAAAUUUGACCGUGAUGGAGGACCUAAAUACAAUGUCCUAAUACGGUGCCAUUGUAACUGAUGACUAAGUUAGAAAUAAUUAGGCGCACAGCUCAACAUGUGAAUGCCACUUUUGUAUUAUAGUGUUUUUAUAGAUAAACAUGUAAAUAAAAAUUGUUUUUAUGUUUUCGG